UUGAUUUUGACAGUUUGCCAAAUCCAAAACAAAAAGAGAGUAAAGGGGGUUUGCAAUCGAGUAGAGUGCAUAACAAAUUAGGGUUACAGAGCGAGAGCGAGAGAAAGGAGGAGAAACAAAGAACAAACGAUGCCGUGCUUGAACAUAUCCACUAACGUCAGCCUCGAGGCCACCGAUACUUCCGCCAUACUCUCCGAAAUCUCCUCCACCGUUGCCAAGCUCAUCGGCAAACCCGAGGCUUAUGUGAUGGUUGUGUUGAAGGGAUCUGUCCCCAUAUCAUUUGGAGGGACAGAGCAGCCUGCUGCUUAUGGGGAGCUUGUUUCAAUUGGAGGCCUUAGUCCCGAUGUCAACAAGAAAAUCAGUGGUGCUAUUGCCAACAUACUCGAGACAAAGCUAUCCGUGCCAAAAGCACGAUACUUCCUCAAAUUCUAUGACACCAAGGGUUCCAACUUUGGCUGGAAUGGAUCGACAUUCUAGGUUCUGGCCUCUUUGAACUCCCUAAAUAUGUGCAUGGAAGCAGCUUCGGUGAUUGCAUCUUAUGUAUUUCGAUUGUGAUUGACUCACUCGAGCAUCAAAUGUAUUGCUGAUAUUCCUCUAUUAUCUUGUAAUGCAGCUUGUUAAUGACUGAGUAUUUUCAAGUAUCUGAUGUAAGAGUUCUAAUUAUCAGAGCUCUGUUCUUGAA